ACACACAGACCUGGCGGUAAGAUCUGGUGCACAGACUCAACCCAUGGCUGUUUCACAGAUUUUGAAGGGAAACCUUGGCAUUAUCCUACUCAUAUUCAUGUGUUUGCAGCCCAGUACUUGCCAGUCAUGCUCCUCAGCAUUUAAUCGACUACCCGAAAACAGUGAUAUGAUCGUUACAUGUGGACCAUCAAAUAUUCAGCUGUCCAUCAAUGUCUGCCCGGUAUAUUUUGCCAACUUCCUUCCAAAUUUGCUUGCGCUGAAUGGAAAACACAAUCUGACUGAAUGUAUGGGGGUCAUGGAUAACUCAACAGAACCUCCAGUGUUGAAAUUCACCCAGCAGCUUGAUGAUUCCAAUAGCAAUACUUGUGGAAAUAUCAUUGAGAUUAUAAAUGAUGUUGGUACAGGUUAUUUCAGUCAAUAUUCAAAUGUCCAAACAGUGAGCAUCUCUGGAUUUGUGGACUCCUUGCCAUUGACAGAAAUGGGACUGGUGUCUUACAGCACAAACUUAUACUAUAACUUUUCAUGCCAUUACCCACUGCAGUACCUUAUGAACAACACUGAGUUGCUUACUUCUUUUGGAGCAGUGGCAGUUAACAACAAUAAUGGUAGCUUUCUCGGUACCCUGCGUAUGCAGAUUUUCACGGAUGAAAACUUCACCACAGAAACAACUACAAAUGGCACCACCUUUCAACUGAAGAAGAAAAUAUAUGUGCAAGUAUCCAGUAAUAACACAGCUAUGAGCUAUGUUGUUCACCUGGAUCAAUGCUAUGCUACACCCAACCCGGUUGUUACAAAUGUGGUCAAUGAAAGCUACCCCCUUAUCUCAGGCUGUGUUGUACAAAACAGGACUACCAUUAUUUCAAACGGUCAAGGCUCAAAUGCCAGAUUUAGUUUCGAAGCAUUCCGCUUUCUGCAGUACAAUGGUCAGCAAACAUCGUCAAUAUAUCUGCACUGCUUCACCCGUCUCUGUCUAUAUGACCAAUGUCCUAAAUGCACAGGCUCCAGAAAGAGGAGGGAGGCUAAAGCUAAUACAGAGCCAGUGGUCGUUUCAUUGGGACCCAUCUACAUGCGAGAGGCAGAGAAUCAAGGGUCCAGUGUUUCUAGUGGUGAGGCAGAGAAUCAAGGGUCCAGUGUUUCUAGUGGUGGAACAAGUGUUACUGUUGGUCUCAUUAUUGCCAUCUUCCUCGGAAUGUGGUUCUAAACUGUCUUCGGUGUCUCAGAAAAUAGAAAAAUAUGAGUGCACAAACAAUAAAAUCAUCAUAUAUACAUUUUAAUGAUUGCAUACAAUGGUUGAAGUCAAUAUAGAAUGCUGAUUGUAAGCAAAGCUUAUAUAUUUUGUGAACACUGUGUAAAUUGUAUAUAUGAUUCCUCAUGUAAUAAAGCCUAAAUAUUGCUAAAAAUAAAAAAAUAACUGUUUGCUUCAUGCUUUCUUCUGCCAAUGUUUAAAAUACUGAGUUGACUGAUGCACAGUAUGAUUGAUCAAUAUAGUAAA